CGCCAUCCCGCAGCUCCGACUGGGCUUCGCUUCUGCGCCGGGGGCGCCGCAGUCCCGCGGGCACCGGCCUGCGGAACCUCCGGUUUUAAUUACAAGUGGAAGGCAGGUCUUUCAAAUACAGGAUGGCUACUCAUCAGCUUUUACAGACUAGGCAAAAGAAAAAGUCCUCUACGACGUCAGUGUUGUUCCCCAACAAAAUUGCUACUGAGCAGCAGUCUGUGGUGCUGGUGGAAAGACUUCUGGCCAUCUCUGUGUCCUGUAUAACAUACAUGCGAGGGCUGUUCCCAGAGAGCUCUUACGGAACUCGCUAUUUAGAUGACCUCUGUCUGAAAAUUCUCCGAGAAGAUAAAAGCUGUCUGGGAUCAUUGCAGAUAGUCAAGUGGAUUCAAGGUUGUUUUGAUGCUUUGGAGAGGCAGUAUUUACACAUUGCUGUCCUCGCAAUUUACACCAAUCCCAAGGAACCGGAGACGGUGACUGAACUGUAUCAAUUCAAAUUCAAGUACAAAAAGGAGGUGCCCCAGAUGGACAUCAUCAGCAACCAAAUGAACUUUGUGAAUGGGGUGUGCAGCGAGGAUGUAAAACAGGCCAGCAGGCUCCUGAUCCGUAAACUCUACCUGUUAAUGCAAAACCUUGGGCCACUUCCCAGUGACAUUACCCUGACCAUGAAACUCCUCUACUACAAUGACGUAACUCCCAAAGAUUACCAGCCCCCUGGCUUUAAGGAAGAUGGCAGCCCUGGUGACCUGUUUUUUGAUGGCGAUCCUGUCAACGUGAGAGUAGGGUCAGUCUCCACCAGCUUCCACGUCAUGAAAAUGAGAGUGACAACUGAAAAAAAAAGAAUGGGAACAGUUGAGAGCAACCUGAUCCAGAAGAAUGGCCCUACUGAGAUCUCCCAUCAAGGAUUAGACUGUGAUGAAGAGGAAGAGGAGGGGAGCACAAAGAAUCAACCUCUCCCUGUCAGAGCAGAUUCAAGUGGGUGUGAAGAGAACAAAAGCGACACCCAUCCAGGCAGGAAAACACCUUCUUUUUACCUUCAAGAUACAGGUGAAAAGAAGACUACGGGAAUAAAGGAGAUGGGCAGGAUGACUUGCUCAAGGGCAUCUCAGCAGAUAAGCUGCCUGACCCUUGCAUUUAGCCAGGAAGAGGUAAUAGGACCCAAGAAGAAAAGGAAGGUCAGUGAACCAGAGAAGCUGCUUCUGGAAGGCAGGAAAUGAUGUUAAUUCUGACACACAAUACAUUUUGGAAGAAGGAGUUGAAAGCCCAACUGGAAGUGGCUGACUGAGUGGAGAUAAUGCUGAAACCGAAUGUCCAGUCGACCUCCAGGUAGCUGAGUGCUGCACUGCAAUCCUACUGCUGAUACCACAGCUGUCCUUACUCGGCCCAGGGCAGGCAGGCCACUGACUGCCCCUGAGCCUGCAGCAGGGUCUGGCAGGUUUCAUGGCUUGAUGCCUAUUUCACAACACUUGUAGAACAUGAGAGUUCUCCAUUUUAUCCCCGCUUUCAGUCCUGUGUUCUCAUUUUUGCACCUGUGGCCUAAUAAGCCAGUUUGUUCACAUGCCAGAGCAAAGCAGAAAUCUUCCUUCUGCCCAGAUUUUGUAAUGAUAUUUGCUCUCACGCCUGCACAUCUACAGGAGUCGUGUGUUCUUCACAGGACAGCUACAGCUCAGGACCUGCCUUGACCUGAAAGCUCUGCCCUGGCACUGCUGGGGUGUGUGGCUUCCAUAUUCCUUCAGCUCACGGACUCCUGCCUGCGCCCCAAACCUUGUCGUGUUGUUGUGUCGUGCGUGUAGGAGAAAGUCAAACAUGUCUGUGAUUAUGGCUACCCCAACAAGCUAGCCCUUCUCCUGUCCGCAUGAUGCCACAGGGCUUAGGGGCAUGCCAGCUUGCUCGGUGCACGCUGGAAGAUGCUAAGUGUCUUGUCCCACAAUGAAAGUGAAGUAAGGUGCCUUGUGUUACCACAUAGUAAGAGUGUGCACGCAGACACCACGAAGUAAAUCCACAGCUUAGUUGACUGCACGAUGUCUUGAUCUUGUAGCCAUGGCCAGAGACUCACUGUCUCA